UCAGCUCAAGCUCAAGCAUUCCAUUUUGAUCGAUCGUCAGCACAAGAUCAGCUCCCGCCAACUUCCACUACCAGCAAGUAUUCCCGCGUGCAUGGCGUCCGAGCAGCAGCCCGCCGCCGUGCCGAGGUGGACGCCGAGCCCGCGGCGGCGUCAGGACGACGACGAGGCUGAUCGCAAGGGGGCAGCCGGCAUGGUCUCCGAUCUCGGCGCCUCCAUGCGCGGCACCGAAGGCUUUCCCUUCGGCAGCGGGCGAUCGUUCCAGCCGCCGCCGUUCCUGCCGGCGGCGGAGGCGGAGCAGCCCUCGCCGGAGAUUAGCGUGGAGAGGAACGACGAGAACGACCGUGUCGCCUUCGUCGUCGCUCGAGAGACGUCGUCCUUGCGCCGGCCGGAACAAGGCGCCGUCCUCGCGUGGGAGGACCUCUGGGUGUCCACCGCCGGCGGCAGCCGCCGCCGCGUUCCCAUCCUCUGUGGCCUCAAUGGCUACGCGCGCCCCGGCGAGGUCCUCGCCAUUAUGGGCCCCUCCGGCUGCGGCAAGUCCACUCUUCUUGACUCCUUAGCAGGAAGGUUAGGCUCCAGCGUGAGCCAGAAGGGAGACAUCCUGAUCAAUGGCCGGAGACAGAAGCUGGCGUUCGGCACGUCGGCGUACGUGACGCAGGACGACGUGCUGAUGAACACGCUGACGGUGCGGGAGGCGGUGCGGUACUCGGCGCAGCUGCAGCUGCCGAGCGGGAUGAGCGCGGCGGCGAAGCGGGAGCGGGCGGAGGAGACGCUGCGGGAGAUGGGGCUGGAGGGCGCGGCGGACACGCGGAUCGGCGGGUGGGCGCACAAGGGGAUCAGCGGCGGGCAGCGGCGGCGGGUGAGCAUCUGCAUGGAGAUCCUCACGCGGCCGGCGCUGCUGUUCCUCGACGAGCCCACCAGCGGCCUCGACAGCGCCGCGUCGUACCACGUCGUCAGCCGCAUCGCCCGCAUGGCGCGCCGCGAGGGCAUGACCGUCGUCGCCGCCGUGCACCAGCCCAGCACCGAGGUGUUCGGCCUCUUCCAUGGCCUCUGCCUCCUCGCCUACGGCAAGACCGUCUUCUUCGGCCCCGCCGCCGACACCGCCCAGUUCUCCGCUCUGAGCGGAUUCCCUUGUCCGUCUCUGAUGAACCCUUCUGACCAUUUUCUGAGGACCAUCAACAAGGACUUCGACAAGGACAUUGAGGUAGGUCUGGACGGGAAGACGAUGACCACUACCCAAGCAAUCGACACACUUGUCAACUCAUACAAAUCCUCCGUUCACUUGGCGAAAGUGAUGCAUCAGAUCGAAGAAAUACGCGCCAAUAAUGAAGGGCAAUUGGUGAAGAAGGAAAGGCAGCCAACUUUCCUGACGCAGUCAUGGGUGCUGACGAAGAGGUCCUUCGUCAACAUGUACAGGGACUUGGGCUACUACUGGCUGCGUUUCGCCAUUUACGUCGCGCUCUGCCUCUGCGUCGGCACCAUCUACUACGAUGUCGGCCAUUCCUAUGGAUCCAUCCAGGCCCGUGGCUCCAUGCUCAUGUUCGUCGCUGCCUUCCUCACCUUCAUGGCCAUCGGUGGCUUCCCCUCUUUCGUUGAGGACAUGAAGAUAUUUGGGAGGGAGAGGCUCAACGGCCAUUACGGUGUGGCGUCGUUCGUGAUCGCGAACACGCUGUCGUCUACACCGUACCUAGCUCUCAUCUCCGUGGUGCCAGGCGCGAUCGCCUACUACCUGACCGGCCUCCAGAGCAGCGGCGAACACUUCGGCUACUUCGCGGCGGUGCUCUUCACGACCAUGAUGGUGGUGGAGGGGCUCAUGAUGAUCGUGGCCAGCGCCGUGCCGGACUUCCUCAUGGGCAUCAUCACCGGCGCCGGCGUCCAGGGCGUCAUGAUGCUCAACGGCGGCUUCUUCCGCCUCCCCAACGACCUUCCAAAGCCGGUGUGGAAGUAUCCCAUGUACUACAUCGCGUUCCACAAGUACGCCAACCAGGGAUUCUACAAGAACGAGUUCUUAGGCCUCACCUUCCCCAAAUACAACGAUCAAGCCGGCGCCGGCACCGUGAUCACCGGUGAAGAGAUCCUUACGAACUACUGGCAGGUACAGCUCGGGUACAGCAAGUGGGCCGACCUCGCCAUCCUCAUUGGAAUGGUGGUGCUGUACAGGGUGCUCUUCUUUGUCAUCGUAAAGCUCAUCGAGAAGAUGAAGCCCAUGGUGCAGAGGCUCCGGUUCAGGAGCGACAUGCCGUCAGUUCAGGUCACUGAGCAGGGUUUCGGCAGCUCAUGAUACGUGUGGAGGCGGUUGUGCCCUGGUGGGGUAAACGUACAUGCAAAAUAUUCGCAGAUGGCGGUAGUAAACUACAUACUGGAAAUGUUCUGGUAGUGUAUUUUUUUGGACGAAAUUAAAUACAUAUGGUAGUGUAUUUAGUGUAUAGCUCAUGUAUAAUGAUCACUGUGUGCAAGAGCGUAUAUAGUGUUGUAAAUUUUUAUACCUUUGGAUCAUUUAUCCAAUAAAUUAAAAUCAAGUUGCAUUA